GGAGUCGAGGUGGGGGCGGGCGGUUCGCGGGCCUGCCCGUCAAUAUUUUGUAAUUUAUCUUCUCUGCCAUUCUCCACCGCGCGCAUCUCGCUCACGGACGUCGAGUCGGUCCCGCGCUUGCGUCGCCUCCUCUCGCCACUCUCCGAGCCGGUCCAACCCCGAACGCCAAUCUCCAGCCAUAUGUUACCCCCUCCCCCCAUCCAUCAUCAUCACCCGCCGCUCUCUGAGUCCUACACCGGGGCUUAAGGACGAUGGUGCGGAGGUUGAGGGUUGCUCUGAGUGUCGGGGUAACGUCGUGAACGAGGUGGAGGCGGACGAGGAGGACGAGGACGAGGAGGUGGUGGUGUCUUUUUUUCCGGGGCUGAGCGAGGUUUGGAAACGGGUGCCAAGAAGAGGGGUGAGUGGAGAGCACGUCACUCCGACAAUUGGACGGAGCUCCUCGCUCGGAGAGGCGUGCAGAGGACGAGACAGCGAGAGAGAGAGACAGACGAGGAGCAGUGGCUUCAGUCAGAAGGCGGUGAUACAUGUGCAGCGUGUCCAAUGCUCAAGGCAGGAUAAAGAACAUCUCCUGUCGGGAGCAAGAUGAGCCUGGGCACCAUAGGAGAGAGAAGAUGACGAGAGGGCAGCAGCAGCAGAAUCAAUCACAUUGAGCCACGGAUGCCUCCUUCUCCUCCUCCUCCUUCUCUCUCAACGAUGACCUCUGGUCCAUACGAACGGCCGAGUGGAGCGGCUGUGGUCUCGGAUUCGACGCGCUGGAGACUCCCAAAGGUCGAACGCGAUGAUCCGUGAUUUGAUCUUCUUAAUUUCACGUUCGCCUUCGUCUCCUCCUCUCGUUCACCAAAACCAAGACGACGUGGACGACGACGCGGGCAAAGAGGAGGAGGAGGAAGAGGAGCGUUGAAGGCCACCAAUGAUGUCCGAGCUGUACGGACACGAGAUCAAUGGGUCAGACGCCUCGUGGCCGGGGUUGGAGGCUCGUGGUGAGAUCGGCAGCAGCGGCAUCAUCAUCAACAGCAGCAGGAGCAGCAGCAGCAAUGACACCGCCACUAACGACUGGCAGCUGCCACACUCCACCACCACCAUGGUGACCCUCACCCUGGUCGUGAGCUUCAUCAUCCUGGUCACCAUCUUCGGCAACAGCCUGGUGGCCAUCGCCGUGUUCACCAGCAAGUCCCUCAAAGCCGCCCAAAACCUCUUCCUGGUGUCCCUGGCAGCCGCCGACAUCCUGGUCGCCACGCUGGUGAUGCCCUUCUCGCUCGCCAACGAGCUCAUGGGCUACUGGGUGUUCGGCAGCUUCUGGUGCGAGAUGUACCUGGCCCUCGACGUGCUCUUCUGCACUUCGUCCAUCGUCCACCUGUGCGCCAUCAGUCUGGACCGCUACUGGAGCGUGACGCAGGCUGUGCGCUACAACAUGAAGCGCACGCCUCGCCGCGUCAAGCGCGCCAUCGUCAUCGUCUGGGUCAUCGCCGCCUUAAUCUCGUUCCCUCCUCUCGUGGGCACGGGCCGCCCCCCGGCGAAUAUCCACCGCCACCGCCACCAGGGUUCCGGCCGCAACGCGAGCGGCUCGCCCUCCUCUGUGCUGCCCACGUGCAAGCUGAACGAGGAGACCUGGUACGUGCUGUCCUCCUGCACCGCCUCUUUCUUCGCCCCGUGCCUCAUCAUGCUGCUCGUGUACGCGCGCAUCUACCAGGUGGCCAAGGGGCGCGCGAGACGCAGGAGUCGCGGGGGCAGCGAGAGGGAAGCGCCCUUGGCCGAGCUGCAGCAGCAGCAAGAGCAGACACAGCAGCAGACGCAGCAGCUGCAGCAGCAGCAGAUGCUGCAGCUGCAGCAGCAGACGCAGCAGCAGACACAACAGUUGCAACCACAGCAACAGCAGCUGCAACAAAAUCCGAGUGCGUUCGAAUCGCAAGCGGAUGAAUUGCGCCCUCCUUUUCCUCCUCCUCCACCUCGUCAACAUCCUCCUCCUUCACUCUCGACGCCCCUCGCCCCGUGCGCGCCACGGCAGAACGGGCAGUGUGUGCGCGACGCUGCUGGAGAAGAUGGCAGCUCGGCUCCGGAUGAGGAGGUGUUGGUGGAAACCGCGGAGAAGCCGAUGCAUGACCUGCAGCAGCAGCAGGAGGAGCAGGAUGAGACUGGAACCAUUCGCGCAACGCGCGCCUCCGUGAUGGACGUCGUCAGUAGCAAUGGCAGGCAGUCGCACAUUUUCGCCGGGAGGCAAGGAGGGUUUACUGGCCACGAGACGACCAUGUCAAACGGCAAGCACCUCGUCGAGGGUGGUGGUGGCGGCGAGGUGGUGACGAUGCCGGAGGAGCUGGCGGCAGCGGCGGUGGUGAUGAUGGAGGAGGAGACGAGGGAGGAGAAGAGGGAGAUGACGGAGCGAGGGGAGCGCAGCGGCGCCUCCCGGCCGUGGUCUUCCCGAACCGUGGCGGCGGUGGAGGUGGAGGAGGAGAGAGACGCCGAGACGGAGGCGGGAGACGACUACGACGACGAUGAUCCCAGGCCGCGGGGAAGCCUCUCGCUCAGGUGUGACGAGGAGGGACGACGAGGAGGGGGAGGCUCCAGCAAGCUGGGCCUCUGCAGCACCAAGAUGGCCAGACGCAAGCUCACAGCGGCUCGUGAGAAACGCUUCACGUUCGUGCUGGCCGUGGUGAUGGGAGUGUUCGUGGCCUGCUGGUUCCCGUUCUUCUUCUCCUACAGCCUCACCAAGAUCUGCGAGGCGUCGUGCAAACCUCCCGAGUAUCUCUUCAAGUUCUUCUUCUGGUGCGGUUACUGCAACAGCUCGUUGAACCCGCUCAUAUACACGGUCUUCAACCAGGAUUUUCGACGAGCCUUUAAGAAUAUCCUCUGUCGAAGGCGCCCACGGAUGCGCUGAUGCGUCUAACAAUGACGAUGGCCACGAUUGUGAUGAUGAUGAUGAUUUACAUCGCCUUUGUUGAUGCAUUGCUCGAUGAAAGUCCCACUACGUCAUGUUGUUCAUGGGGUGGGUGGAGUGGGUGAUGGGGGGGGGGUCCUUGACCAUACUUCACCAAGCUGGUCAGUGAAAGGUUGCGAGUGUGAGCCGGGUUGUGCUUUUCAAAGAUGUCUCACUCGCCACUGAUGUGAGACCGUGGCCAGGGAAUUCGACCGAAUUUCAGGAGGCCGGGCUCAUGGCGCAGUGGCACCAACUUCUGCGACAUCGCUCCCCGUUUAAUAGACCACGUGUGGUAAUGUUACUGUAACAAAACAACAACACCAUGAACGCUAACCAAAAAAUGCGAAACUCCAUAAACACAGCGAUGUACGGAGUCUUUGUGAUUUCACGCGACAAUUCUACACCUCACGCAAGGAGGGGAGUGGGAGAUGAUCAAGCCGAGGUUACUCUCAGACGGACGAUGCCUUUGUUGGGCGGUUUUAACAAAAAAAAGGAAAAUUGACCCAACAACAACAACAACAACAAAAUCUAUGACAGGGAGAAAAAAAAGGAAUGCGCUAACAGUAUAUAUUUUUAUUGGUACGAUUGUCAGCUGACAGUGGUUAUGUGCGGUGGUCUCGUGCUCUCAGUGCUAGUGGCAUCCGAGUCUUCGUGUGAGAAGGCAAUUCUGUUUGCCCUGUUCACUGACAAGUCACAACAAGCGGUGCGACUGUGACCUUGCAACCCAAGAUGUGGACCGUGGAGUUAAACCGCUGUUGUUUGCGCUCCUUCGACGGAGGAGGAACGGCGACACCACACGAACUCUCUCCUGAAGCCCUCUCGUCGUGGCUAGCAGACCUCCACAUUGAUAGUUACCUCCCAAACACAUCGCUGCCCUAAGCGAGAGGAGAGAAGAUCAUUGGUUCGUGGGUGUAAGUGAUUUAUCACCCCCUCCCUCUCUAUCCCAGAUUCGCAAACCUCAGAAUCAGAAUCUAGACUGGAGGAAUCCGAUGAGCAAUGAAGCUCUUUUUUCACAGAUGUCCAAUAUAGACGGGCGAGUCAGCCUCAAGACAACUGAAUCUGACUCGGGGUCAAGCAGGGCCAGGGGUGGAGCUAUUUAAACACCUCGAGACAGAAGGGUAUUAACAAGACAUUUGAUUUAACUGUUAAAGUUUGUAUUGCUAUUGACGCAGAUGUAUUAUGUUAAAACGUACAUCUACAGCACAAUAGCACGUGCAUUUAGGUGCAGUAUUAGCAGGCUUAGUAGAGAGACGGUGUAGCCAAGGUGGUACUAAAAAAAAGCUAAGUGUGAGUGAGGCAUUCAAGUUGCAUCUCAUGCGUGCUUGGUUAAGCCAGACCACCUCAUUGUCCUGUCCCCUCAGCUACAGCUCCUCCACCACCACCCCCAGCACCACGUCGUUGUCCAGCCAUUAUGAACCCCCGCCACCCUGAGCCACCCGGCCACUCUCCACCCUCUCGUAUUUAAGAGAGAUGGAGUAGACCGCAUCCACCCAUGCAGGGAGUUUUUCGUUCACAUUUGAGGCAAGAUGAAAAUGUAGGGGGAGAUUUCACAAGGCCACGCGGUGGCCUCCUCUUUGCCAAAAAUGUCAUGGGCUCUUUGAUAAGUCUGCUUUUACUUUCCUGACCCUCACAUAGCCAGAAGCCACCGAGAGCUGUUUGGGGGAUUGUUGUUCUUCUCCUUCUUCUGGUAUUAACGGAUUUAUUGUCUCCAAAUACCGCACUUUCCCUGUGGUUAUAGGCGCAGCAUUGUUAUCGUGACUGUGGGCCUCCUCCCUGCCGUGUCCUCCUCCUUCCUUGCAAAGUGGUUCAAAGCACUGUGGACAUAGGCGCCCUCUGUAUAUUAUUGCAUCGCAUCGCUCGCGUAAUCACCGCAUGGUCUAUUGGUUCAUAAGCGCACAAUAAAAACCACACACACACA